CAGAAAGUUUGAUAGGAUUUGUCUGUGUUUUUAUUUACUCUGGUAGUUAUUGAAGUAUUAAUUUAGUUUAAUAUUUGUGAACACUUUAAAGGACAACUUUGGGAUUUUUAUUAGACCAAAUCAAACACGGAGUUAAAAAAGAAACUCACAUAAUGGCACAUAGCGAAACUAAAUUUCAAAGUUUUAAGUGGACCAAAAACCCAACGUUGUUGCUUAUUUCUUUGAUAAACAAAAAUUACCACCAGUUACAAAGUGGCGUAAAGAAAUUUACUUUCCAACAAAUUGCACAGGAGAUUAACAAUCGACUUGGGACAUGUUUGGCUUAUGAUCAAGUUGAAUCAAAAUGGAAAGGGCUGAAGAGAACAUACAUAAAGAUGAAAGAUUCAGAAGCAAAAUUAAGUUGGGAGUUUUAUGACCAAAUUCACGAAUUUCUUAAAGAUGAUAUGGAGAUAAACCCUUCAGUUACUGCAAAUUCUGAUGAUGUUUUUACUACGGGCUGUGAAACAGAGUUUGAUUUCGUUGAAUACACGAUAGAGCCGGAGAGUUCAACUUUUCGACAAACCCGUAAAAGACAUCGAAGUGAUAGUGAUGACAAGUAUAGUAGUGCGGAGGAUGUUAAAGCUAGAGUUCGUAACAUCAGUCAAAUUAGUAUUGAAAGCCGAAAAGGUAAGGUAAUUCGAAAUAAAUACGAUAAAGAAGACAGCGACGCAAGAUCAAGACCUAGAAUUGCUGAUAAUGAUCGGUAUAGUAAAGAAUACGGAAGUCGACGAAUAAGUGAUGAUGAUCGAAAUUAUUACAAAUGCAGAGGAUGUCAAAGAUCUCAUAGUUGCUGCGAAAGCGUAGAGGAUGCAAGGGAAAGACGACAUCAAGAAAAGAUGAAAAUGGCAAGAAAGUUUCUAGCAAUUUUCGAAAAAAUGGUAGAUAGAAUGUAAUCAAAGUAAUCACAUACACUUUUUAAUUGUAGAAUAAUUGUAUACUAUUUUUAAGUUAAUUUUUAUUCAUAUAAUAAAUUCAUUAGUAAGUCUCUUUUA